GCGACGGGCCGGACGCCUCCCAGCUUCGGGAUGAAUUAGCCGCGGGUUCUGUUCGAAGGUUGUGACCCCUCCCCCCCCCACGUAUUCUUCAGGUCGCCCACGCGUCCCCCACGGCGACACUCGCUGUUCUCUGCUGGUCACAGGGAACCAUUAAAUGGCCAGUGGAGGUGAGUGGACAGCACCUCACUGUGGUGGCUUUACCAUCAUCUCCUCUCUGAACAUGGGCUUUGCACGUUCUGAAACCUGAUUUCCUUGCUUCAUCCAGAGCUCAUGACCUCGUUCAUGCCAAUGAAAUUCAUAAGAACCAUGGUGUCAUGGAAAGGGAUUUACUUCAUACUCACUCUGUUUUGGGGAAGCUUUUUUGGAAGCAUUUUCAUGCUGGGUCCCUUCUUACCUUUGAUGUUUGUAAACCCAUCUUGGUACCGCUGGAUCAACGACCGCCUCGUGGCCGCCUGGCUCACACUGCCUGCGGCAUUGUUGGAGACCGUGUUUGGUGUGAAGGUGAUUAUAACAGGUGAUGCCUUUGUUCCUGGAGAAAGAAGUGUCAUUAUCAUGAACCAUCGGACAAGAAUGGACUGGAUGUUCCUGUGGAAUUGUCUGAUGAGAUACAGCUACCUCAGACUGGAGAAAAUUUGCCUCAAAGCCAGUCUCAAAAGUGUUCCUGGAUUUGGUUGGGCCAUGCAGGCUGCUGCCUAUAUCUUCAUUCAUAGGAAAUGGAAGGAUGACAAGAGCCAUUUUGAAGACAUGAUUGAUUAUUUCUGUGAUAUCCGUGAACCACUUCAACUCCUCAUAUUCCCAGAAGGGACUGAUCUCACAGAAAACAGCAAAGCUCGAAGUAAUGAUUUUGCUGAAAAGAAUGGGCUUCAGAAAUAUGACUAUGUCUUGCACCCAAGAACCACAGGCUUCACUUUUGUGGUAGACCGUCUAAGAGAAGGGAAGAACCUGGACGCCGUCCAUGACAUCACGGUGGCCUACCCUCACAACAUUCCUCAGACGGAGAGGCACCUUCUCUACGGCGACUUCCCCAAGGAGAUCCACUUCCACGUGCACCGCUACCCCGUGGACACCCUCCCCACCUCCACCGAGGGCCUUCAGCUCUGGUGCCACCAGCGGUGGGAGGAGAAGGAAGAGAGGCUGCGCUCCUUCUACCAAGGGGGGAAGAACUUUCACUUCACCGGCCAGACUGUGAUCCCACCUUGCAAGUCUGAGCUGAGGGUCUCUGUGGUCAAACUGCUGUCUAUACUUUACUGGACCCUGUUCAGCCCUGCGAUGUGCCUACUCAUAUAUUUGUACAGCCUUGUUCGGUGGUAUUUUAUAGUCACCAUUGUUGUCUUUGUGCUACAAGAGAGGAUAUUUGGUGGACUGGAGAUCAUUGAACUUGCAUGUUACCGUUUUUUACACAAGCAACCAUAUUCAAAUGUAAAAAAAAUUAAGUGAGCUCCUAGGGUAACAACCCAAGGGUAUUUUGCAGAUAUGAUCGGGCCUUUGUAAAUGGAGGUGCAUUUUUGCAUGACUAUGUCAGAUAUUUCUACUACCAUCAUUAUUUGUUAAAAGAUAUUUUGCACUUAGUUUUGUGGGAAAAUAUUGCUACACAUGAUUUUUUUUAAAUAUCUGAAUGUAAUUUCAAUACGCGUAGCAGGGAGCGAUCGCUGUGAAAUAACUCGGGCCAGAGUUUUAUUAAGCAAUCGCCAGGCUGUUAAUAAGCAAGGUACACACACAUGAUUUUCCUAAAGGCUCAAUCCUAGUCCCUAACCAAUUCCCCAACCAACUCCCCAGAAAAGAGGCAGAUCUGGGGCUUGGGAGAACUGGCUCCAGUCACGUGCUGGCCCUUGACGAUUGAGGUGAGGACCCUUCUUCCCAGCUCCCUACCUCGUUACUGUCCCCAUGCUCAUUUCUAAGCCAAUCAGACCAUUGCAUCCUUCCUUAAGGCCAGAGACAAGAAACCCUUUGUCCUUAAAUUAACCAUUUUGAUAGGAAGCCCUUCAUUAUUCAUAAAACCUUGACAUUUAUCCUUGCACGGACCUAGACAUCAGAAGACCACCUGUGCCCUCUUUUCACAUGAAGACCUGGACGUGUCUCAGGGAGCAACGACAGACUCUCCACUUAGAAACCUUAGUUUGAAUGUUUCAAGCUAGGAAUUAAUACAGCUCUUCACUUCUACUUACGGUUGCAUGCUCAGCGCUGGGUUCGCCACAGCUCGUUGGCAGGUGUAGCUCUUUCUGCCUCGAAAUCGAUUUACAUCAAGUCACUUACCUUUCUGAAGGAACGGCGUAGUGAAGGUUCUACGUUCUUGGAGUCUGACACUCUUGAAGUGGUGUCUUUUGAAAUAUUUCUUUAAAACCUGCCCCCAAAGAGAAAGUUAUAUUUCCUGUACGUGCAUACGUGUUUAUAGCAUCUGCCAUUAAAACAACAGCGCUUGCAGACCGGGC